AUGAAGUUCAUGAAACUAGGUUCCAAACCUGAUACAUUCCGUUCUGAUCCUCAUUCCAAUUCCAUCGGGUGCGUUUCAUCUGAUUUGGCGACUGAUUUCACAGUCAUCGUUGAUGACGUCACAUUUUAUCUUCACAAGUUUCCGCUUUUAUCGAAAAGCAAGCGUUUGCAAAAGCUGGCAUUAACAGCAAGCCAAGACGAGGAGGCUUCAGACACUGUUCACCUCAUGGAUUUUCCAGGAGGAGCAAAAUCGUUCAAGAUAUGCGCCAAGUUCUGUUAUGGAAUAACUGUUUCUGUUAGUCCGUACAAUGUGGUCGCAGUCCGUUGCGCCGCUGAAUAUCUUGAAAUGACAGAAGAUAUCGAAAGAGGAAACUUGAUAUUUAAAAUGGAUGUGUUUUUUGAGUCCAGCAUUUUACGUAGCUGGAAGGACUCUAUUAUCGUCUUACAGUCGACCUCUAGUUUGCGCCAAUGGGCUCAAGAUUUGGAGAUUACCCCGAGGUGUAUCGAUUCUAUUGCCACCAAAACAGGUGCUGAUUUGGGUAGUGUUAACUGGUCUUAUACGUAUAAUCGUAAACUUGAUGUGAUAAGUAAGGUGGAGAAAAUGUCUUCUGUUCCCAAGGAUUGGUGGGCUGAAGAUCUGUGUGAGCUUGAUAUCGAUGUUUACAAACGCGUAAUGUGUGCUGUUAUAGCCAAGAAACGAGUGGAAGGUGAUGUGAUAGGGGAAGCUCUUAGGACGUAUUGCUUGAAGUGGUUGCCGGAUUGUAAUGAUCAUCGGUUUGAAUCUGAUGAGGAUCAAGUUGAACGGUAUAGAUUGCUGAUUGAAUCUAUUAUUUGUUUGUUGACAGCAGAUAAAGGGGUUGAUUGUUCCUGUAGUUUUUUGUUGAAACUACUUAAAGUUUCGACAAUAGUGGGAGUUGAUCGAUUGCUACGUGAUGGUUUGAUUAGAGAUGUUAGUUUGAAGCUUGAUGAAGCAUGUGUUCGUGAUUUGUUGAUCCCGGCUGAUGUCCUUCAAAAUACGGUUUAUGAUGUUGAGCUUGUGCAGUAUCUUGUGGAUCGGUUUUUUGAUCCCAAGAGUGGUGAUGAUAAUGAAAACAUGGAUGGUUUGGUUUUGGUUAAUCCAAGACGAUGUGCGAUUGUAGGUCAUUUGAUCGAUGGGUAUUUAGUUGAAGUUGCUUGUGAUCAAAACCUAUCAGUAUCUACUUUUGUGAGGUUAUCACGAUCCAUUCCUCAUACUGGGAGAAUGGUACACGAUGGGAUUUAUGGCGCGGUGGAUGUUUACUUGAAGGAACACCCGACGUUGAGCAAAGACGAAAAGAAGAAGUUAUGUGAGUUGAUUGAUGUCAAAAAGUUGUCUACAAAUGCAUGGUCACACGCAGCACAAAACGACAGGCUUCCUUUGCGAAUGGUGGUGCAAAUCCUGUUUCAUGAGCAGGUACGUGCCAAUGCUGCUGCUAAACUGCUUGCUGCACGUAACAACCAGGCUAAAGAGGAGGAACAAGACUGGGAAAUCAAUUUGCCUUUACGUUCUAAAUCACUUAGAACACCUUCACGGUUAAAGCUGAAAGACGGGGAUGUUGAGAAGCAUGCGGGGAAUGGAGGCAGUAUGAGAUUGAUGCCGUCUCGUUCAAGGCGGAUUCUGGACAGGUUUUGGGUGGUGGGAAUGGGACAGCGACAUAAUGAGAGCAAGAGCACAGAGACGUCUGGUAGCUCACAAUCUAAGUCCUCGAGUUCUUCAUCAAGAAAACACAGGUAUUCUAUAUCUUAAAAAGGAUUGUAGAAAUUCUUGACAUUUUGUGGAAUUUGGCCAAUAUUCUCAUGAUGAAAAGGAGCAUGUUUAAUAGUAGUACCUUGUAUUUGGUAGGAACAAUAAUAUGUUUGAAAAACUUAUAUAUCUACUAAUUUACAUUUA